AUGGCAGACGGCUGCAGAUGCGGCAAUGCAGCAGAUGCAGCAGCAGCAGCAGCAGCAGAAGCAGCAGCAGAUGCCAUAGCAGCAAAAAAGCAGGUGCAGCAGCGGCAGGCGUUGCAGCAGCGGCGAACAGAGCAGCAGCGAAAAGUGCAGCAGCAGCACACAGCGCAGCAGCAGCAGUGGAAACAGCCGCAGGGGCAUCCCAGCGGCACCGGAAGCAGCAGCAACAGCAACAGCAGCAGCAACAGCAGCAGCAGCAGCAGCUCACCGCUGCGAACAACACUGCGGUAUCUUCUCUGCACGCCGUCUAUGCAGGGCUCCCUCCAGUCACUCCAUUCAGUCAUGAGGCAGUCUACCUUCUGCAGCAGCAGCAGCAGCAGCAGCAGCAAUGAGAGCAGCAGCAGCAGCAAUGAGUGCAGCAGCAGCCGCAGCAGCGGCAAAAGGGCGACCGCACACGUGCCCUCAAAGACUGGGCCUGAGAGCUCAUAG